AUGGCCGCUAUUUCCGAAGAGUACGCACAUAUUUUGGACACUCAUUGGGGCUCCUUGCAUGAAGGCUGGCCAGCUGUGGACAAGGCCAAAUUUCAUCGUACUGAGAUGAAGAACGUUUCAGACAUAGAAACUGUGAAGUCCGCUCUCUUGGACCGCCUUGGCUACAUACCUGGUUUCUUCUUCCUUACUCAGAUCUUUGGGACUCAUGACUAUGGCAGCCCAUACAGGAACGUCGAAAAAGGCCUACUUUUGUUAUAUGCCCUGGUAACUGGUGACUCGUUGUCAAAUAUGGCGCGCUUUGUGCCCAAGACAUCUUUUUAUGACCUGCGCAAGGAGUUCUACCUACAAGAUCAUCAGAAACUGCAUCAUACAAUCACCUCUAAGCUGUACACCAUGUGCUCAACUCUGAAGUUGCGCUUGCUUCUUGCGAAGAAUAAUCCAGAUCCAUUCAAGCACGUUACAUUGAAUCUGGAUGGCCAUGAUUCUCGUGUCAGCUAUAUAAAUGCGAAUAAACCUAGACUUUAUUCUUACAAGCUCAAGAAGUCUAAGAAGUCUGGAUUUCGUGUGCAGGUGUGCGCAGACAUGAAUAACAUCGUGCUGUUUGUAUCCAAGCCUGCACCAUGUAAGGAUAACAACGAUGGCACCAUGCUAGUCAAGAUGAAGAUUCCAUCCCUCAUCCACAAACUUGACUGCAUUGCUCUGGACGGUGGAUACAACGGGUUUUGGGCCAAAUUGUGGAGGCAGACCCAGUAUAACAAGGCUUUUGGUGGAUUUCGAUCCAAAAUCGAAAGCUGCUUUGCAGAUCUCCAGUCUAAGUUUGCUAAGUUCACGCACAAUGCACCUGUCCGGUUUGCUGAUGAGAAGCCAUUCGAACUCCAGUUCAAGCUGUGUUGUCUACUCACGAAUAUAAAGAAGCUGGUAGCAAGUCAGAACAUUGCCAUUCAGCCACAUCAUGGAUUCUGGAUGCAGGAUGGAUUUGACUUCCUUGAGAGCAUCGAGUACCAGGAGUCCUAUGAGAAGCAACCCAAUAUCAAGGCCAAGUUAGGCUAUGGCCAUGAUCUGCUGGAGCUUCAGGAAGCGUUUAUGUCCACUACCGUAUCUCGAUCUAGCACUGCAGAACCUGAAGAUUCUGCUACGACUGAUAUGUCACAGGAAGACUCGGGAGAGACUAAGAUUCUGGAGGCACCGAGGAGAUGA